UCUUUGAACUCUGAUUGUUCAGGAAGGGUAUUACUUGUCAUCGCGCAUCAUCAUGGCGGCAAAAGUUUAUGUUGGUAAUCUGAGUUGGAACACGACAGAUGACUCGUUGAGACAGGCUUUCGGAGAGUUUGGAUCAGUCACCGAUGCCAUCGUAAUGAAGGACCGUGAAACUGGCCGCUCUCGUGGUUUCGGAUUCGUCACCUUCAGCGGCAACGAAGAUGCAGAGGCAGCCAUUCAAGGGAUGAACGAACAGGAGCUUGACGGUCGCCGGCUCAGGGUUAACCUGGCCAACGCUAGACCUAGUGGCGGAGGUGGUGGAGGAGGAGGAGGCUACGGCGGUGGAGGAGGCUACAGCGGCGGUGGAGGCGGAUACGGCGGCGGUGGAGGCUACCAAGGCGGCGGCGGCGGCUACCAAGGUGGCGGCGGCUACGGCGGAGGCUACUGAGUGCUGAAUUGUUUCGUGUUUUCAAAGAUGGUUGGUAUCGCAAUUCUGUAUGUUGUCCAAAGGUCGUGUUCAUCCGCGUCAAGCCUACGAUAUUUCCGCAUGCAUUACAGUAUCUGUUUGAUCAUAACACAACUUAAAUACUUGGUCGAGAUUUGUAUCAAAACAUGUGUUGUCCUCGAUUGA